AGUGGUGUCCGCGUCCCGCCAGCGCGUUACCUGCAGCAGGUGAAGCUGGACCACGAGGCGCCGCGGCAGAUGCAGGAAGCAGUCCCGAGCGUUCGUGAAGGCCACCGUCACCACCGCCCCCCCAGACCCCGCACCCGCUAAGCGAUCGCCGCUCCACAUUGUCCCAAGGUUCAACUCUCACCGGAGAGCGGAGUCCACCCGCUUCCCGUCAGGCCAGGCCGUCGGAACCCGAGAACAUCGAUCGGGCCCGCCCCCCUCUUCCCACGCCCGGCCGCUGUCACCCUCGGGUCUCUCCUCCGAGGCUCUAGGGGGCGGCACGUCGCUCGUCGAAUUCUCGCUCUCAGGAGACGAUCGUCGAUGGGGUCGAUCCUCCAGCCAAUCCUCGCACGCCCGGCCCAUCCUGCUCUCUGAUUGGACUCAGAGGAGCGCGGCUGGCGGAUGUUGUUCUGGCGCGGGGGGCUGGAGCCGGCAAGAUGGCAUCCAGUGACGGGAAACCUGGCGGCGUAUUCGAGCACCACGUCCAGACGGCUGUGUGUGACUCGCGAGCCAAAUACCGGGAGGGCCGACGCCCUCGCGCGGUCAAGGUAUAUACAAUCAAUUUGGAGUCUCAGUACUUGCUGAUACAAGGCGUUCCUGCAGUGGGAGCCAUGAAGGAGUUAGUUGAGCGAUUUGCUCUGUAUGGUGCGAUUGAACAGUAUAAUGCUCUCGAUGAGUACCCGGCGGAAGACUUUACGGAAGUUUAUCUCAUUAAAUUUGUGAAAUUACAAAGUGCAAGGGUAGCUAAGAAAAAGAUGGAUGAACAGAGUUUCUUUGGAGGGUUACUUCAUGUGUGCUAUGCUCCAGAAUUUGAGACAGUUGAAGAAACUAGAAAAAAAUUACAAGAAAGAAAGGCUUAUAUUACAAGAGUUACUAAUAACCAAGACUAUUACAUGGUGAAGAAGAAACCAGUUCCAGAGCAGAAAGGAACAAAAGAGUCUAGACAAGAUUUCCAUCCACCUAUGCCUGGGUGUGGUACAGCUGCUUUAAACACAUCUCCUGAGAGUCCUCCAGUGAACGCAAGGCCUUGUCUUCCUUAUUCUUGUGAACUCCCUUUAAGCUAUUUUGCCUCCAAAAGCUCAUGUUCACCUGGGGAACAUGUGGACAGGGCAUCAGUCUCCUGUAGUACUGCUAGGAACCACGGUGUACUGCCAAAGCCUCGAGACCACAGUGCCUUUUCUCCAAAGCUACGGAUGAACUCUUACAAAAACUCCGUCCCUUGCUCUAGUGUGCAAGAGGCCAUUGCUACCUCACAGGCAGUUGGCAGGUUCAUGCCUAGGACAACGCAGCUGCAGGAGAGGAAACGGCGGCGAGACUAUGAUCGAGAACUGGGAACGUUGCUUGAAGCAAACACAAGCAGUACUGAGGUUUUGAUUGGACCUAAGUUACCAGGUAUUCCCACAGUAGAUCUGCAGGAUGACUCCUUGAAUACAACGGCAAACUUAAUUCGGAGUAAACUUAAAGAGGUGAUUUCAUCUGUGCCAAAGCCUCCAGAGGACAAUAUAAAAGACGUGCGCACAAGUCAUCCAGGAAAACAAAGAAGAAGAAUAUAGCUUGUCAGCUGUCAGCGGGGAGUUAAUCUCGCCUUCUCUUUUUUCUUUUGAAUCAGGGUCUCACUGGAUAGCUCUGGCGGACUCUCUAUGUAGACCAGGCUGGCCUGAGGGCUGGUGCCUCUACCCCCAGCUAAAUUGGUGUGUUCUGGAGAGAUUCUUUUUUAUGUUAGGCCCAUUUUAAUUCUUUCAGGCAUCUUGCUACUGCUGUUUUAAAGUUUUUUCUUUUAAACCAGUUGCAAAUGUUUCCAUCUUUCUUGGAUCUACACACAAUGUGGCAGAGACUAUUCUUUUCAUACCGUAUUUGUUCUUAUGUUAAACUAUGUAAAUUGAUUGAAACAAAUGGAGAAACACGUAAUGCAAAUAAGGCAAUCAGGGUCUCAUUUUAAUUCAGGUAUUGAGCAAUCUGUGUUCAAAGACUGGCAGGGGGGUUGUUUUUGAACACCAGGGCUUCAAAGUGAAAGCAGAACUGUAGAGAAAAAAUGCCAACAAAUGUUACAGCAACAUUGAUAUUAGAAACACAUUUUUAAGAAAGCAGCAUACAUAAUGUAACUUCUAAGACUAAUUUAAAUUGAUUAUGGUGAUGUAAAAAACUAAUUUUGGAAGUUCUAGAUUUCUACACGGUCAGCAUGUCUAUACUCUUUCUUCUGUCAGCAGGCUACAGUAUAAUUUUUCAGGCUAUUUCUAUUUGUUUUCUUGGAAAAAAUAAACUGAGAAGGCACAUGCUACA